CCACGCGCGUGGUGCUGGAGUAAUGGCGUUCGUUUGCUUCGUUGUUUGUGUCUAUCGAGUGGAGUUCAUGAAGCUUUGAGGUAACAAAUUUUCAACUAUUUAUCCUUGUGUGUGUUUUGAAAUGUGGUCGAGCUGUUGUAUUUGUGCAAGGUUACCUAUGAGUCAUCGUUACGAACAUAUAUUGCUUUUUUCUUCGCGGUUAAAUUAGGCGUGAAAUGAGCCACAAUUGUUUAGCAGUUGUAUUAACCCCAGUCUUAAGUUAUAAUACGGAAUGUUUUCUCAACAAGGUAUUUUACUUGAAUUUACAUUAUAGCUAAAAAUAAAACCUGUUUCUACAGCGUAGCUGCAAACUCGCUUGUCCUGAAAACAUAAUACCGUUUUAAAAUUUGGUUCGUUGCGAACUACCAUGUUUGCGGACUGUAUUUCGUAAUCGAAUCUCGUUGCCACUGACGAUCAUCAGGAAAAGGGAAACCUAUGAAAAAUUUGUGUUCCUAUUAUUUAUGAAACUGCUCCUAGCCCGAUGUAGUUCAGGUUUUAAUUUAAUUUAAACUGUCUUUUGCUAUACUUUGUCGACACCGAUGCUUAAAUGAACCUACAUUUAUAUGUAGUGUGUUUAAGCAACAGUCAUCAAGUCAAAAGUUUUAGAAGAUUACCACAUUUUGCCUUUUUUCGCUUCUUGAUGAUGUUAAUUUAUACAAACUUCCCAACCCACUUUUGUCCAUAAUUGCAGGGCUGCAAAUAAUUUUUUCUCUUGAAAGGACAGAUGCCUCACCAAGACACCAUCUUGGUUGGACAAAACAAAAUUUUGGCCCAAUACACCAAACGAAAGGUUGAAGAUGCAUUCAGGCACAUUCUUACAACAGAAUACCACACUGGUGUGUUCAAUUUGUGAAUUGUUUUUGUUCAUAGCAACAUUUUAGUGUGGCGACUCUUCAAAAGUAUGAACAAAACAAUUAUAUUUUGCUACUCAGUGAUUUUGUUACCUCUGCAUCCUCCGUCCCUGAGGCAUAAAAAUCCCCAAAUAUGCAAAAUAAUUCAUGGCAUGCGUGCCAUAGAUGCAAAGAUCGAUCGAUUGAUCUGAACAUGUGUAUUUGUAGAAAUAUCCGGCCCACUCGGACUUGAUUUUAAUUUCAGUAUACUGUAAUACAGAGUUUUGGAGUCUGUCUUCAGAUUAACUGUCUGCCCAAGCAUUUUCAAUUUCACUAAUUUUUUUUUUAACUGGGACUCAUGAUUUUUCACAAGUCCCAGGAAUCACCAUAACCAUUUGUAACAAAAUCACUGGCUACUUUUACAAAAGCAUUAUGCUACCUUUUGGGUAAAACAGAGAACUUACUACAGUGUACACUAAUGUAAAAGAAAGCUUCAUUGUUUUGUGACUUUGAGAUUGUUGAUUGCAAAGUAAGAUUUACUCAAUGUAGAUUUUUAGUCUUUGUUACAGUAACUGUAAAGUGAUUUAUGAUAGACAAAUGCUCUGUACAUAAUGUUCAAACAAUGGUGGAAUUUCAUCGGACACUAGCAAAUUUUGGUCGGCCUAUGUCCGUUAAUAUACUGUUAAUUGCAGGCCUGUAAUUGUAGCAUAAGCUGGAGAGAAAAACAAAAAUUGAUGAAAAACUUCCAUACAGCCAUGUCAGUCAUAAGUGCUGUUACCACAGGUAGCCCAAACUCACUAGGAGAGCCCUGAGCAACAUUAUUCUACUUAGCUAAAUAUUCAUACGCAACAUCAAAAUAAUAUUAUAAGACCUUGUAUAAGAAUUAUCGUAUUGCCCUUUAAUUGAGAGAAUUGUGCAUUACAUUUUCCUGUCAACAAUCUGAAACCUAUGGGGGCUGGCAGGGUUGAAUUGUUUUUCUGUCCUUUUUCAGAAAGUGUCAGUAAACUAGAAAAUUUGGGACAGGAUAUUCUCAGGUGCAUACCCUCUUACUCCGGGGGUCAAUGCAGUUCAACUUUUAUAAGUGUAAUGUACAAGUGUAUACGUUGUUUUCACACUCUAAAAUAAUGGCUAUACAGUUUGUACACUACUCUUGUAAAAAAUUUUGGAGCCAAUGCUUCUUGUGUCUGCUUUCAGGUUUAUCUGUAUGCCAUUUUUAUAAAUAAGUGAACAAAAUCAAAAAUUUCCUAACUGUAUUAUCUUUGCUUCAAAAUAAUGUCUCAUUUUACAUGUAGUAUCAUAGUUCUUUACCAUAAUUCUUAAUUACAGUAUAAUGUCCAUUUAUAAUACAAUAAUGCCCUCCACGGGUUAACCUGAUCCUAAUGAGCAAACCUAUAAACAAUGUUAUUAUACAUUGUGCUCAUUAAUUGUCUUCUUAUGGCUAAGAGCCUACAGCUAAUUUUGAAAAUCAGCACAACCUACAAAUUAGUUACCGUAUUUAUUCGAUUAACCGCCCUGGGCGCUUAUUAAUUUUUGGACCUUGAGAGUGGGCGCUUAUUCGAGGUGAGCGCUUAUUCGAGGCUGGGCGCUUAUUAAAUUUUCACCAUUUUCAGCAAGUGUAGUAUGUUUAUUUUGCAACAAAACAAUAAAUGCUAAUAACAAAACGCGAAGAAGUAACAAAGCAAGGUUUCUGUAAAAUACUCUGAAGAAAACUCCGUCCUCAGGGAAGUCUCUAAUUAGGAUUUAUUCACUCAAGUGGGUGGGGUGGGGGUGAGCGCUUAUUUGAGUCUGAUUGGGAGGAGGAGGGGGUGGGCGCUUAUUCGAGGCUGGGCGCUUAUUAACUUUUCCUGCCUUUAGGAUGGGUGCUUAUUCGAGGUAGGCGCUAAUUCGAGGUUGGGCGCUUAUUCGAAUAAAUACGGUAGUUAUCUGCUAGCAGAUAACUGACUAAUCUAUAGGUUGUGCACACAAUGCAUGAUUUCCAUUUACAAUAUCAAUUUAGGUCCCUUGUGAUGGAGUGCUUGUUGUUAUUUUCUUCAAAACAAUCUAUAAUAAAACAAUUAUUAGAUUCGGUUUUUUGUGAUAUCCUAAAUAAUCAAGGUCUUGGUAAGUGUUACAGCCUUGGUCUUCUGCUCAGCUGUUAACAUUUACCUCAACAUUGAUUAUUCCAGAUAUCACAAAAACCAAAUCCAAUAAUUGUUUAAUAUCAGCAAAGAUUCUCCCAUUCUAUAAGUUUCCCAGAGAGGAACAUCUGCACCACCACUUAGAAAUAAUUUGGGAGAUUUGCUAAAUAGAAAUUAAUAAUUCCCCAAGCCUCCCCCCCAAAAAUGAAAUACAGUGACAGUUCUUCAUUUACUGAAUAAGUGAUUCUUUUUUUAUUAUUUGUUAGGUAAAGAAUGUGACCAGAGAAAUGGCCGGCAAGUAUGAAAGAAUGUAUUUUUCCAAUUACAGUCCUUCAGUUGUAGUACCAGUGUUUGGUGAUAUCAACAGAUACUUACCUGAACCUGGCAAAGAUACUGUUUUCUCGCCACUCAACAGGCGAUACCCUAAACCAGUAGACUUACCUUCAGUUCACAAACCUAAGAACAAAAAUCAAGCUAAACAUUUAACAUCAACAGAUAUCAGCAGAUAUCUUCCGGUACCUGAUGAUGAUGUUUUUUUCUCACCACGAGAGAGACGGUACCCUAAACCAGUGGACAUGCAUUUAAUUCAAAGACAAAAGAACCACAAUAAUCAAUCGAAACACUUGACUAAAAGCUCAUCCACUGCUAAAUCACCAACAACCAGUGGAACACCUAGCUCAGAACAUGAAACCUCAUUAAAAGUGAAUGUGCAAAGGAAUUUGAGUGUAAGCAGUGGUGAUGCGUUGUACGGUAACGGUGAAUUACACUUGAAGAGACCACCAAAGCGGCGACAUCACUCCAAUAUGACACCUGGAUUCAAGGAUGAUAUUCCUGUAGAGGCUAAAAAAGCCAAAAGAAGUUACUCCAAUUCUGCAACAAAUACUGCUAGGUUAUUGAGAUUUCAUCCUUUUGAUGCAGAGCCACCUGUUUUCACUCCCAACACGGUAAGUUGGAUCCCAGAUGUUGUUGAAAAGUAUUGUUUUCAUUAUUUUUGAAAGUUGAGUUCAGGUUGAUUUCUUAUUUAGACUGCAGCAUUUUGAUGCACGAUCAGAGUGCAACAAUUAGACCUUCAAAUAGCAGUCAGUCAAUCCCUGGGUUCUCAUUAAGAGCCAGCCACCAGCUAAAAUAAUGGCUACCUAAUGAAGCUCGCACCCCCUACCCUUUGGUAAUAAAGGGUAAGGUGAGAGAGCAAGAGCCUGAAAAUGCCUUUUAUAUCUUAGCUAUCUAGUUCAAGACUAAAUGAGAACCCUGGUCAUUGGACAAUGUCUGACUAGAAAUUACCCUGGCAGGACAAAAUCCUACACUUGCUGUCAGCAGGGUUCAAAAUUAACAGUUGUCUAGUUGUCCUGAGCAACCAAUAUCAAUCUGGUAACCAAUUUGUGCUGAGUCAUUGACCGUAGAGAGAAAUAAAUUUUGCAGCUUUUUGCCUUGGAAGGGAUUAUGAUACCUACAUGUAAAAGUUAGAUGAAAGUAAAACAAACACAUAAAAAAUUAUAGUAGACUCUGAAUUCAAUGUUUGGCCCCAAUGAGCCUGUGAUGCUUUAACCAGCAGUUAAUAUAUAAAGUACGUUACAACCUGUUGUUUCUUUGUACAGUUGUAAAAUACAAAAUGUAUGAGCCUCAUUUACUACUUCAAUUUGGAAUCCAUAGAUGAAGCUACAGCAGGGUAGAGGAACAAGAAUUAGAAAGCUCAAAAGUGUUCAUUAUCAGUCAUUUUACGGGUCAUGGAGGACUCCAUAGCACAUGUAAUAGGCGCAAAAAAAGAACAGGGUGCAUGAGGGAGUGUCUGUCACAUGUCUUGUUCUUUUCGCGUAUUACUUCCAAGUAAGGACGUCUUGUAUGCAGUUGUGACUGCAAUUUGUUGCAAAAGAAAAUGCUAUGUUUUGUGGUUAUCACAGAUGGUUUUCGAAAGAUAAAUCCUCAUUUGGAAGCCAAACAGGCAACAUUAGUUUUUGCCAGAGGGAUAAAAGAAAAACACAUGAAAGAAAUGAGGUGCAUUUUAUUGUGAAAAACUGAUAAAACUGUUGUUAACUUGAACUACCGCCAUGUUGUACUGUACUAUUCUUGGACUGAGCUGGACUAAGAGGUUGACUUGAACAACCAAAAGUAUUCAAUGGGCAACCAAACCAAGUCUUGUGGUUGCCCCAGGGACAACUGGACAUAAAAGUCAAUUUCAAACCCUAAGGCUGUCAGACAGAUAAAAAAAUUGAAGACUAUAUUUUUUGAAGCUGAAAAUUAGGGUACUAGUUAAAAAAAUAAAUAAAUAGUCAACACAAUUUCUGUCUCAACACUUUUCCGGGUUUUCUGACUUAAAUGGUGACCCGGACAGACAUAUGUCCUUUCUGAAAAGAGGUACAUUUACAGUAGGCCUGAAAAUGGUGUUCACUUUCUCCAGCCAAGACAGUGGUGUUAACCUGUGGAAAAGCAAUAAUCAGUAGCCCUGUAGAUGACGACCUCCACAGAGUUUGUUGAAAUCUCAGUCACUGUCCUAUUCACAACACUCGCUGAUCAUUACGCAUUAUUAGAAUUUAUUUUUAAUAAAUCACAUUUCAAUGCUCAUACAAACCCCAUCUUUAAGGACCUCGGUAUACUGAAAUUUUAUGAUAUCCAUUUGCUUCAACUGGGCCAAUUUAUCUAUUCUUGCAAAAAUUCAUUCUUACCUCCAAGGUUUAAUAACAAUUUCUCCCAAAGCAAUCUAUUCCACUCUUACAAAACACGAAAUUCCCAGGCCUACCGUCUACCGUAUUGUCGUACAAACACUAAGAAGUUCUCGCCCUUUUUUCAAGGGCCUAAGUUUUUUAAUUCACUCGACAAUGAGGUCAUCAACUCUCCUUCCCUUUCCUCUUUUAAGAAAAAACUGAGGAUUAAAUUAUUGAGUAAAUAUGAAAAGAGUUCAUAAAUCUUUCCAUCUUGGACUUUUUGCUAUCUUUUCUUUACUUGAUGUUAAACAGCUCUAACCCUUAGUUUGAGGAGGCCUAACCUCUUAUAAGUUCCUAUAGUUUCUGUUAGGUCUCCUCGCCACUUCUUUAUUUUCUCUCUUUUCGUUUAUUUUUUGUAAUUAUUGUGUGGCAAAUAAAAUAUAAUAAAAAUAAAUUGUUCAAUUAACAGUACAUUACUGUCUUGGACAUUACUUGUAGCCUGAGUUCAGCCAUUUCUGGUCGGUCGUCAGUCUUAUCCUCUGGAUGAGGUAAUCCUCCAGACAUUUUUUACAAAAUUUUGUAAAAUCAGUACAAAGUCAGGUUUUUACAGGAGCAAAACAAGGCAUAAUUUCAGUGAUGAUUAUUUAAGAUAUUAUGUUUUCUGCAUUAAAAAAGGUGCAGGGUGCAAAGAAAGUCAGUUUUGCAGCUUGCCAUUCGGGCAAGCUGUAGCUAGAAUAUACUAGCCCAAGAGUCACUUUAUAUAGCCUGAAAAAAAUUUUUGGAUGAGCAGGGUUGAUUACAGUGAAUUCCCCAAAAAACUUUUCCUGCCUGUUGAGCAAAUUGAGAACAGAAUUCACUAGCCCAGUAGCAAAAUCCACUAGCCCUGGGCUAUCGGACACCACUUUCUUUGCAUGCUGUUGUGAAUUGAAUGAAUUCUUUCUGCAAGGAAAACUAUAAAUCAAGCCUCCUUUUCUCUGCCUGUCCAGGAUUUCCUAGAUCCCUCCUGGAACACAUGCAUUGUGAGUUUUUCUUGCCAGUGAUAGAUUACUAUAUUCUUAUUGUGUGUUAUUCUUAUUAUUUCAGCUUUCUGUAGAAAUAGAAGAGGAAUGUAAGAAGUGCUUGCAAACCACAACAACUUUAGAAAAGAAACUGAUGUUAAAAUCAUUUUUAGAAGAGACUUUGUCCCCAAUUUAUCCAGGUAACUGGGUGUUCCGGGCAGAUACCCUCUACCUUUAGCCCUAUUUUGUCAAUGGCUUUGUUAAGGGUAGUAGGGAUUUGGUGCUCAUUUUCAUGUAUUAUACUUCUAUAUUGACCAUGCAAAAGAAACACAUGUGAAGUGGAAAUAAAAUUUUAAAAAUUUUAAUCAGGGGAAUUAUCAAUCAGGGAUGUAGCUUAAAUUUUUAACAGAUGGGAAAUGGCAUUUGAUGGGCAGGUAAUAUAAGAAGAAAAUAGUUGCCUUUUUAAAGACUGCAAUUUUUAUCAGCUGGAAAAAAUAUGUCGGGAGCCAGGUAUUUUCCCCGGCUCCCAGCUGUUAUCUCAGUGUUCCAGCCAGAAAAUUCUGCUUGAGGGCCGAAGUGGCCCCUACAAUCCAUUUUUGGGGGCCAGAUUUUUCAAGAAAGGGCCAAUAUUCCACUAUCUUUUUAAUAUGCAAAAGAGAAGAAAUGGUUGGGAAGUUAAGUAAAAUGAAAAUGGCAGUUUCUUUGAAGCUGACAUGGAGGAUUCCUUUUUAUACACAUAUAGUAAAUCUUCGGCAAUAAAGCAAACAUUAGUACAAUCAGAAAUAGUAAGUACUUUUUUUUCAUUGCUGAAUCAUGCAUGACAUUAAAAUGAAUAGCUGAAAUCGUUCAACCAACAUCUGAGCAGAAUUUUUUUCCAUAUGAGCUUGUUUUUGCUUCGGUUCGUUUUCUCAGCUCCACUACACCAUCUACAUUUUCCAAUUCACCGUCAAGAUCUUCUUCUUUUCGCUUCUUCUGAACUGCUUCGCCGCCAUUCACUUUUUCGUUACUUACUGAGAAAAAAACCUUUGAUAGUCCUUGAAGAUGCUUUUGCCAGGGUUAACCUCUCAAGUCGGGCUCAGUGGUCUCCAGACCACUCAUGGUAAAUCAGGUAAACAUGUUGGCUGAUUCAUAAAGAUCCACUGAUUGAUUUUCAUGUUGUGUAAAAAGAUAUGGAGCUGUUCUGUUCAGUUGUUCUUUAGAUUAAAAAUUCUGUUUAAUUGGAAAAUUAUUGUAGUCGAAGUAACAGAGACAUUUUAAAACCCAGGGAAUUAAAGAAGGAAAAGGCCAUAAUGGCUGUUGAACGCUUUUGUUGGGGGCCAUCUCUGGAUCUUUUGUGAGAUUCAUGCUAUGGGGCACUCUGGCUGGAACACAGUUAUCUACAUCCCUGAUCAGUAUAAAGGUGAAAAGAAACCUUAUCUCAGGUUUCAAAGGGAUGUCCCAUUGGACUGUGACACACAUUAAGCCAUUAAUCUUUAGCUACAUGUGAAAAGCCAUGUCUGCUGUCAUGGUUCCCUUUCAAAAUCUUGCAAAGCUACAGUACUGGGUGGGAGUGAUCUUCAAUACUGCUCGUAACCUGCAGUAUAGACUUUUAUUUUAAUGCAUGCAUUUUCAUAAUUAUGUAGAAUUAUGUUAAUUUACUUAUUAUUAUAGUCAUUUAGGUUUCAUUUACAUAAUUAUAGUUACUGAACAGUAGUGUGUAUCAUUUGGAUGUACUGGUAGUGCCAGUACAUCAUAUCAGCCAGUGAUACUUGAAGAGUGUUAACAAACAUGUAAUCAAUCUUAUUAUUGUUUCAUCAUUUUAUAGCACAGUGGUAAGUUAGGGGUUUGCAACUGGAAGUAUGACCCAGAUAUUUUCCAACUAAUUUAACAAACCUGUCUGAAGGAAUUUUUGAAUGCAAUUAUUGCAUAUUCAUACUUUAUUUUAAAGGUUGUUCGCUGCAUCUCUGUGGUUCAUCAAGUAAUGGAUUUGGUAGUGAUUCUAGUGAUGCAGAUUUUUGUUUCCAGUUAAGACAUAUAAGACAGGUAAGGUUCAUGUACAUGACCUUUUCAUCUACUUUUCGCUCUCUCUUUUUAGGAAUGCCUUACUACUUUUUUGUAUGUACAAUGUACACGUAAACUUAGGGUGAAAACUGGCUGGCCGGAUUAUGGCCAGACCGGUCAUUUCGUCAAUGAAAUAGGCUUUUCCCAAAUGUUUUUGAUGAAAACCCAUCUCCUUCCUACAUACUAUUACGUACUACUACAUACUUUACCAAACAUUAGAAUUUAUUAUUUUGUGCUUUUCUAAUCAUUGGAAUUGAGGAACUAGUCUUUUCCAAACAUUGGAAUUGAGGAUGUUGGCAUUAGAAUUUAGGAUUUGUGCUUUUCCAAUCAUUGGAAUUGAGGAUCUAGUCUUUUCCAAACAUUGGAAUUCAGGAUGUUGGCUUUUCCAAACAUUAGAAUUUAGGAUUUGUGCUUUCCCAAACAUUGGAAUUGAUGAUUUUGGUUUUUCCUAACAUUAGAUUUUUUUAUUUUGUGCUUUUCCAAUUAUUGGAAUUGAGGAUCUAGUCUUUUCGAAACAUUGGAAUUGAGGAUGUGGCUUUUUUAAACAGUGGAAUUUAGGAUUUGUGCUUUUCCAAUUAUUGGAAUUGAGGAUCUACUUUUUUCCAAACAUUGGAAUUGACGAAUUUCACUUUUCUAAUGUUUAUUUCCAAAUAUUGGAAUUGAGGAUUUUAGCUUUUCCAAGCAUUAGAAUUUAGGAUUUGUGCUUUUCCAAACACUGGAAUUGAGGAUCUAGUCUUUUCCAAGCAUUGGAAUUGUGGAUGUUGGCUUUUCUAGACAAUAGAAUUUAGGAUUUGUGCUUUUCCAAUCAUUGGAAUUGAGGUACCAGUUUUUCCAAACUUUGGAAUUGAGGAUUUUCGCUUUUUCAAACAUUAGAAUUUAGGAUUUGUGCUUACCCAAACAUUGAAAUUGCAGAUCUAUUGUUUUCCAAAUGUUGGAAUUCAGGACUUUGGUUUUUCCAAUCAUUGGAAUUGAGGAUGUUAGCUUUUACAAAUAUUAGAAUUUAGGAUUUGUGCUUUUCCAAGCAUUGCAAUUGAGGAUUUUGGUUUUUCCAAACAGUAGAAUUUUUUAUUUCUUGCUUUUCCAAUCAUUUGAAUUGAGGAUAUGGUCUUUUCCAAACUUUGAAUGUACGAUUUUGGAUUUUCCAAACAUUAGGAUUAAGGAUUUGUGCUUUUCCAAUCAUUGGAAUUGACGAUAUAGUCUUUUCUUAACAUUAAAAUUGACGAUUUUGGCUUUUCCAAACAUGAGAAUUUAAGGUUUGUGCUCUUCCAAUCAUUGGAAUUGAGGAUUUUGGCUUUUCUAAACAGAAGUAUUUAGGAUUUGUGCUCUUCCGAACAUUGGAAUUUAGGUUUUGGCUUUUUAGUUGGUGAAAUUCUUUAUUUUUGCUAGAAAAUUGUCUUUCCAAAGUUUGGAAUUGAAGAUUUUGGCUUUUCCAAACAUUGGUAUUGAGGAUGUUUGACUUUCCAAACAUCAGAAGUUAGGAAUUGUUCUCUUCCAAACAUUUUCAUAGAGGAUUUUGCCUUUUUAGACAGUGAACUUCUGGAAUUUUGCUUUUUCAAACAUUGGAAUUCUAGAUUUUGGCUUUUCAAGUAUUUGAUUCAGUGGUUUGUGUUUUACAAUCAUUAGAAUUCAGGAUUUUGGCUUUUCCAAAGAUUGGAAUUGAGGAUUUUGGCUUGAUGAACACAAUAAGUACAAUGUUAAAACGUGCACAUUGAUCUUCACAAAAUCGAAACGUUUUCUGUUAAUGAGGCUACUUUUUGAACAAAAUACAGCCAUUCAAAACUUCUGAAAGUUAUACAUGUAACAGUAAAGAGAUAAAAUACAGUGUAGUGGACAAAUGGCUGGUGAUUCAAACAUUUCUUUUAAAUUCUUUUGAGCUUUUUAUUGGCUGUAUCUUGUUUAAUAUUGGCCUGAUUAACACUAAACAGUCGGGGUUUUGUGAAGCGUGGUGUGCUGUUUCUGAUUAUGUGUCUUGUUUUAAUAACCUCGAAAUACACAGACUCGUACCCAGUCUCCCUGGGUACAGGUGGUCUUACGUACUUUUCCUUAUAAACUCAAGACAUCAAAUAAUUUAGUUGAAACGUGUUAAUUUAUUUCUGAUGUGAUUGUAUGUGCAAUUUGUGCAUCAUGGAACCAUAAACUGAUGAUAGACUUCAAAGAAUAUUGUAAUUAUUGUGUCCGAAUGUAAUAAAAGUGCAGUUUUUACUAGUCUUUUGUAUAUUUGAAAUUAAUGAAACUUUGUUAAAUUGGCUUUUACCAUUCAUUAAAGUCAAACAAUAGAAGAGAAGCCUUACCAGUCCUAAGACAACUGCAGAGAUUGCUAAACAAUGACCCUACUUACUGUAAGUACUCUCUCUAAGUGCUUUAAAAAUUAUUGACAGUCCUAACUUUGUUGAACAGAUACAUGAAGCAGAUUAUUAAUAGGCCAUUUGCAUGAUGGCGUCAAUUUAGUACCACUACCACUACCAAUACCACUUCCAUUUGUGUACUAAAGAAUUAAUGAUAAAAAUGCUGUUUACCUGUUUACAGCAGUUUGUAGUUCAAAUCAUAGAGUAAUGUAUUGUGCUUUUUUACAGCAUUCCUUAGUGAAUGUCAAGUUAUACCAGCCUCAGUUCCAAUUUUAAAAUUUGUGGACAACAUAAGGUUAGUUUUAAGCCUUUAUAAUGUUAUUACGUAGUCCCUCAGUAACAAGUUUAUUUCAUUUCUCCUUACAAUAUGCGUACUGCUGAUUUAAGCAAUCUGAUUGUUUCGGUAUCUCGAACUAUUUGUUAAUUAGUCAAAGGAGUCAUGAGAAUUGAAGAUGCGAUGACUGCAGGGUAGGAAUAACACAGUGACCGCUUGCCCCUGUCAAGUUAUAGCAUUCUGGAAAUGCCAGUCUUGCCUUACCCCCCCCCCCCAAAAGAAAAAAAAAUGCGUAGCCGUUCUUUGCAAUUUCUCCCGGGUGAUGCAGUGGUUACAAGAGACAGUAAAGACAGUGCUCAGGCAAUUUUGGGGUGGGGGGAUUGAAGGGCGGCAUAAUCAAGGCCUAUGACAGAAGAUUCAGAAGUGGUGACUUGUGUUGUUUCCCAGUUUCAUUUUUUUUUGUUCUGUUUAGUUGACCCUACAAGUUAAACGGACAGGUACAAAACUAACAAGCUCAUGACAUUUAGAGUGAGCAACACUUGACAGUCAUAACAUCCCAAGAAUUGAUAAACCUGUGGCCCUCUACUUGUAAAUGUCCACAGGAGAGACACUUUCCAGAUCCGUGAUCUAAGUGGAAAUCUAAGGAAAGGGGUACAUGUUUAACAGAGUACUCAACCAGAGAAGAGAACCAACAACAAUCUCAAACCAACCUCGAUGACCCUGGAACUUGGAAACUAAGCCACAUUGGUUUGAUUUCAGCCCUUGCACAACCCUGCUUCUUUCAUUCUGCUGGCUAUUUACCUUGUAGUAAACAUCUCGUUAUUAAUACAUGUAGAAAAAUUUCUCAUAUUUUUUGUUGCUCUUGUUGUCUAGCGGCUGUGAGUGUGACAUUAACAUCAACAAUACUGUGGUAUGUGUUACCUGAUUUGUUCCUUUCCUUUUGAUUGAUUUGUCCAAGUUGAUUAUUUUAUGAUGUGUGUUUCCAUGAGCCCGUGAAGCUUUUGUUUCUAAUACAGAUCUAAAAAUUAAAUGUGGACAUCUUAAGAGAAGUGAUUGUACAGUGUGUUUUAAAUUAUUCUCAGUAUCACAGCAAUAUUAGAAGUGUUUCCAGACAAUUCAUACCUCUACCUAAGUCAGUUCGAGGUCCUUACUGCAAUUAAUUGUGGGCAAAGUGCUUAAAGGACAAAGUGCACAGCCAUAAAUCUGUGGAAAAGAAAACAUAAUUACAAUAAGUGCCAUUAACUUAUAGUACAGACUGUAAAACAGAGGUUGGUAAGAUGCUCGUUAUAUCUUUGGAACAGCCAUUGAUGCCUGUCAAAAUGUAAACAAAAUGAAAUUUUUGCUCUGAAUUUAACAUGUUCAUUAUCGAAAACUACUUGAAACCAGCCUCCUCCUCAGGCGCUUCGUUUUGCGCAAGGUAAUGGCGAGCGACCGGCGAUGAACCGCAAGGGACCAUGGGAAGGGUACAGACGGCAGGCGAAGCGGCCUUCCUUUGCGGGCACAUUUUCAUCGAGAGAGAGACGUCUGGGUACGAGGGAGACUUGAAACAAACUUUUUUACAAAGUCUUUCUUUCAUAAAUUUUUGAUCAACAUGGUCUUUUGGCAAUAACCCACUCUUCUUGUGCCUCAUCUUUUAAAUUGAUUAAUAAUGGUAAUAAGAUUGAGUGGAGUCCUGGGUCCAGUUGUUUGAAGGCCGACUAGCGCUAACCCAGAGUUAAAUUGUAACCCGGGUUUCUUUUUCUUUUGUUUAAAAGCGUUUUCCCGAAUAAUAUUCUCUAUUCUUCUUAGAGCAUCCAAUCAUCAAAUUGUAGGCAAAAAGAAUAAAACAGAAUUUGCUUUUUAAGCUUUCGUAUCUGAAAUCAAAUUUCGCGCUAUCCCUGGUUAACUUAACCCUGCUUUGAACAACCCGGCCCAAUUCGGUCUGUAAUCGUACGAGUGAUCGACAAAAUCGAACGACCGCUUAGCGAGAGUCUGAUUUGUUUAAUCACGAGUAUGAUUACAGACCGAAUUGGACGACACGAAGUUCCGUUACCAAUUAAUCAUAACUAUAACAAAAUUUGUGAGAUUUGUUCGUUUUAUAAAAAAUAUUAAAACCCAAGAAAUUACGAGAGUUUUUGCUAGAAGUGGAAAAAAAGUCAUUGAAGUGCGCGUGUCCGAUGGUGCGUACUGUCCAAUCACUUAGGCAUGACGCGUACUGUCCUAUUACACUGUCCUAUUAGUUCUGAAAUUAGGGCAGUUGAUAGCCAAUCAGAUUUGAGAAUUUUGUUUUAAUUAUCUUUGCCUCUUACUUUAUUUCAGGGUGUAAGGAAUACUCAUUUACUCCGAGCUUACUGUGUUGGUAAGAGUUCCAUCAGUACUUAUGAUCUUAUGUUAACAAUACAGCUCAUUGACUGUUGAAAUACUGUAUCACAAAAACUCAUUAAUACUGUGCGAGGCGUGCAAUCUUUCAAAAAGGGCCACAUUGUGAAACCACUGUUUUAACAGUAAUUUGUGUUCACCCAAUAAAGUAUGUUAUUAUCAUUAAGAUAACACAUGGCCAUGAUGAUGAUUAUUUCUUUUAUGGACUCAUUUUUUUUCUUUAUCACAGGUUGGUUAAAUCAUGAUGCGUUACAUAUUUUUCUCUGUCUCCUUUUUUCUCAUUUUUAGUGGAUUCUCGUGUCAAGCCCAUGGUCAUGUUAGUUAAGAAAUGGGCCAAAACGCAUGGCAUUAAUGAUGCAAGCCAAGGAACACUUUCUAGUUAUGCUCUUACCCUGAUGGUCAUUCAUUACCUACAAGGUAAAAUAGAAACAGACAGAUUUUUUUCUCACUCUCUCUCUCUCGUCUUUUUUGCAAGGAUAUGCAGCAAAAUGAAGCAGUCUUGGCCAGACUAGUUUAGUCCUUGAGGGAUUUACUUUGUGGCCAAAAUAUAGAUAAAUAAAUUGUAAUAAUCAUUAGUAUAGGAAUAGCAUGAUUUGUAGUGAUAUUUGGCAUAAAUACCAUGAGUGGUAUUUCGAAAUUGUUAUACGAAAUUUCACGAGCCGUUAGGCAAGUGAAAUUUGAGACAAUUUUGAAAUAUCACUAGUGGUAUUUAUGCCAAAUAUCACUUACAAAUCAUGCUAUUAUUUGUUUAUACUACUACCCGCACAAGGUUUGUAAUUUUCACAUGUAGGUAUUUCAAAUUAAGCUGAAAUACCACUGCUCUAAGCCAAUCAAAUUGCAGUAAUUUUUCAUGUAGUAGUAUAAUUGUUAUAAUCUAUGUUUGCAGGUGUUUGCAAACCCGCUGUUGUUCCUGUCUUGCAAAGGCAAUAUCCAGUAAGUCAUAAGUACUGCUCUUUAAAGUGUUUUAUCUUGGUCUAGUGUUCUCUGUUCUGCAUUCAUAAACCUACAACAUAUGCCGGAUUUCUUAUGAUUUUAUUAGAGACCUUUAGAUUCUAAGACGAGUACGACAGCCAGUACGAGAUUUUCUCAGUGAUAAAUAGUGCUCGCGCGUGAACCCGCGUCAUUUUGGCGGGAAAACGAGGUAGCCGUCGUCACUCUACUACGAGUUUUAGCGAGAAUGUCGAAGUGGCGGGAAAAAGUUAUCAAAUGUUAGAAGUUUUAUCAUUUUGCGAUCGGGAGAGGGUGUAACCUACUUCACUAAAGGUAACAGUGCUAACUUUUCUAGUGAAAAAUAGUAAAAUGAACCUCUCCGGGAUGUCUAUCAUGAUAUUUUCAGAAUACGCGAAAACACUUGAAGUCAAAUCUUGUACUCGUAGUCGUCCCCGUCCUUGAAUGUAAAGGUCUCUAUUGUUCUAGUACAGUCUGAGGAGCACUACAGUGUAGUCCUCAGGCAUCAGGUGUAAGGAAUCAUGGCCUGCAGUGUAGCUUGUGGUCUGUGUCUUGGACUGUUGUCCAGGGAGUAUAAUGGAGAGCUUUAGAGUCUGAGACGAGGACGACUACGAGUUAGGGAGUACGAAAUUUUCUCAAUACUGAGCAUUGCGCACGCGUGAACCAACGUCAUUUUGGCGGGAAAACUGAGAUGGCCGUCGUCAUUCUACCACAAGAUUUAGCGCGAAUGUCGUAGUGGAGGGAACAAGUUAUCAAAUGUAAGAAGUUUUAUCAUUUUGCUAUCGGGAGAGGGCUUAACCUCCUUCAGUAUAAAUAACCGCACUAACUCUUUAAGUUUAAAAAAAAAAAAUGGUAAAAUGAAGCUUUCCGGAGUGUCUUUUUAGAACACGCGCAAAAACUUUUAAUUUAAAUCUUGUACUCGUUGUCGUCCUCAAAUCUAAAGGUCUCUAAUAUGUACCGUUUGACAUCAUUGUUGAACAUUUAAUGUCUCUAGAAAGUGUUCAAGUACCAUGGAGAUGUGUCAGAACUUGAGGAUCCAUUUAAACACAUCAGCCGAAACAAGUAAGUCCAGAUUAGAUGCUUUAUUUCUGUUUUUAGGCUUGUAUAGGUGAUUGCCUCUGUUUAAGUGGUGUCCAAGGUCAACAAGUUAUUAUCCCAAAAUAAUAUUGUAUUCCAGGACUUAUGGUCACGAGGCACGAAGAGGAUGGGUGAACAUUGUUACGUAUUUCAGUCAUCAGAAGAUGUCGGAAGGUCGGGGUUGUAUCUAGGGGUAAUAACUUGGAAUAUCAAACGGUGUGCGACAUUCCAUCGAGGAAGCUUUUUAGAGCGUGGGCUGUCGUUUCAGCUGAUGUAUUUUUUCUGCUCUUUUUGACCGCUCCAUCUUAUUUGGAAAUACUUUCUUGUGGGUCCAUCUCCCACGAUGUCAAAUUUCAUUGUUAAUGCCCAUUUACGAGAUUUUCAGCCGGUUGUUUUAUGUACAGGAAAACUGUGAAGGUUUAGCCCACUUGGUCUACCCUGUGAGUAGGCUCCUGUGAUCCCCCUUGCUUUCUUCACUCUUUAUCCCUCCCUUCAUUGUCGGUAAUGAACUGUAGUUUGUGCUAAUCAAUUCUUGUUGCUGCAAAAAUCCUCAUCAGUGUAUUGCAUUAUUUUGUAUUCUCCUCUUAGGUCUGAAAACAAGCAGUCCUUAGGAGAGCUUUUCAUAGGAUUUUUCAAGUACUAUGCAGUGGAUUAUAGGUAUGAGCUUUUUCAAACAUUUAAUUUGAAACAUUCACAAUCCAAACAUUUAAAAUAUUGUUAGUUUACAAAUCAGGUACCUUCAAACGUGUUCAUCUUGGGAACUGCUUGUUGCGACGCCAGCGCUAGUGAAAACAUUGAAGUCCUCAUUUCUUUUACAGUGAAAACAACCUAUAGGCAAGAACACGCGGCAGGAAUUAAUUUUGUUUUAUUCAUUUCUUGUGCUUGUGCUUGUGCUUGCCUCAGAGUUCAUGGACUAACAAACCGUGAAGGACUGGUUACGAGUCCAAAUGUUAUGGGAUUACCAAAACACCAGCUUAAUAGUCAGGGAGAGCUCACUGAGCUUUAGAAAAGCCUCAAGUUAGGUGUUAAGGGGGCAAAUAAUGAACGAGAUAAAGUCAUUCAAAACCUCCAAACUUUACUAACAAAUGUAUGGAUGAACGGAAAAUCCGUCCAGUAAUCCAUACAUUUCUUUGUAAAUUUUCGCGUUUUUGAGUUGCUGUAUUUUCUUCAGUAUUUUCUCGAUUAACGGGGGGAUUUUGCCAAACUCGGUGUGAUCUUUUCGGUUAUGUAUAUUUUGUGUCGAUAAUCCCAUAUUAAACGGCCUCAUACCCAGACCUCCUCGGUUUGUAAAUAGACGGUGAAUCUCUUGGCGCCCUUGAUAAUACAAGAUUUUUUUGUUUGGCUUGUUACUUGCAUCAUGCUGGCGUUGCUAAUUAAAACCAGCUUUAACCGAUUGGACUUGGAUGGGCGAUGGGAUUACGUCACUUGCUCAUCUCCCAUAAUGCACCUUAUUUGCUCCCCCCCCCCCCCCCCCCUGGCCCCUUUAUAAAUAAAUUUUUUUUUUUUUGGUUUGUUACUUGCAACAUGCUGGCGUUUCUAAUAAAAACCCGUUUUACCCUUUUGGCUUGGGAGGGGCGGUGGGAUUCCCCCCUUUCCUCCUCUCCCAAAUUCCCCUUUUUUUCCCCCCCCCCCCCCCCUCAAUUUUGCAUAACCUUUGUUUUUCAUUUUUCCUGGGUAUUACAGCCGUUCCAAGAGAAAUUGAAAGCAAUGCUUAUGCAAAAUUUUGGGGGGAAAGUAAGGUGCAUUAUGGGCGAUGUGCAAGUGGCGUACUCAUGUAUGUCCUUUACCCCAAAGUGACAAGGUCCUUGUACGCAUUAGUUGUUGAAGCGAGUGAAAUGUCCGCCAUUUUUUGUUUUCACAACCAAAACAACUCAACCUCGUCCCCUGGUCUUCUCGGGUAACGGUGCAUUAUCCUGCAAGAACGCUGCAUUUUUGACGUCAUGUCUCGUUAAGAAUUCUUCCAAAUUUGGUCAUCAGUAACUGGUUAUGGUGAAUUAUGCCUCUGCUUUUAGCCAAUCAGAAUUGGGGAAAUAUUUUGAAUGAAUAAUAAUAACUGUUAUGUUGUUUUCAGCUGGGAUCAAGAAUAUAUUUCUGUUGCAAAGGGUGCUGCGUGUCCCAGAUAUCGGAGAAUGUGGCAAAGAAAGCAUAUCUGUAUAGAAGGUAUACUUGAACCUGAGGCUCAGCAGUUAAAAAUACAUUUUGGAAAAUGUUGAGAAACAAACAGUACGAUUUACAAGGUGUUACUGAAAAGGUUUGAUUUGGAUGGUCGUACCAUAGGAUUUCAUUCAGAGUCAGAUUGGAAUGUCCGAACUACGGUUAUAUAGUGGCGGUAGCGAUUUCAUUUACGCCGGUCGCAAUUUUAUGGUUGACGAAUGGGAAAUUUUCGAUUUUCGACUGCCAGAAAUUUUCCAGCAACUCCUGGUCUGUCUUAAAAUCAAAUCUUCCCUGACUGGUCCCUGAAUGGAGACGUGACGGGCCAUCAAAAACCAAGGAUCCAUCACCGUUAUUAUUUCGUUAUUGUAAUAAUGAAUAAUUUAUGUGAACUUCAUAAAUUUGAACUUCAAGAUAAAGAAAUAAAUGCAGAGAUCAUCACAGUUAAAUACGCAACUUAUGUAAAUGCCCAAAGCAAAGCCUGAAAAAAUUCAGGCUUGACAGGCUUCGAACCCUUACCUCUGCGAUACCGGUGCAGCGCUCUAACCAUUUCGAAUCCCGGUAAGCCUGAAAUUUUUCAGGCUUUCUUUUCGCAACUGCAUAAGUUACGUAUUUGACUGUGAUGAUUUUCUCAGGAUAUAUUCUUUUCUUAUUGUUUUUCAUAAUUUGUCUAUUUAUUAUUAUUAUUAUUAUUAUUAUUAUUAUUAUUAUUAUUAUUAUUAUUAUUAUUAUUAUUAUUAUCAUCAUUAUCAUUAACAUUAUUUUAUUUUUUAUUUUUUAACAGAACCUUUUGAUGGAAAUAAUGUCGCCAAAUCCGUUUGUUCACUUGAGAAUUUCAAUAAGAUUCAAAUGAAAUUCAGGCUGGUGAGUACAAAUUGAUAUCCUUUUUCAGCACCUCUCAAGGAGACCUCCCGAAAACGUUCAUAAAAGGGGAUAAAUUUGGAAGUGCCGGUCUUAAGAUGUAGCAGGUGUGGACCGGAAAACAUUUUGAAAAGGGUGCUUGAAAAAAAGUGACGUCACGAAAAUUGUAUGUUUUUUACUGGCAGCGUGCGUUGCGUAGUCAAAUUCUUCCGGUUUAAUGUAGAAAGACAACCUCAUAUCUGUUAUUGGCUUCAUUGCGGGGAGGAAGAAGGAUUCGUUUUGAAAUUUAUCGGGAUAAAUCUUGACGGAAAGCAUUUAAUACGUCGUUUCUAAAUCUCUGGGUUUUCAGUUUAAACCGUUUUUGUUUGGACAGGGCCAGUCUGAAUUUAAAGGGAGCCGUGAGAAAACGCUAUGUUACCACGCCCUAUGAUAGCUCGUGCUUAAAGCGUUACCUAUCAAAAUAUAAUGGGAAUUUUAAGCGAUUUUAAAUCUGUAUAUAAAGGUGGGCUAAUGUAACAUGUCUUAAAUGACAUUAUGCAUUUGCACGUAAAUAGGCCAGGGGCCAUACCCAAAAUUUGAUUCUCAUGCAGAAUAUUUAAAGUUUACUAACAGUUCGAGAAAAUAACUUAAAUAACAAAACGGCAUUUUUCAUUUUCUGUUUUAAUUUCUCAUAAGAUUCGUUUACGAUGCGUUUAAAGAAACGGUUUACGUAAUUAGUAAAUCCAACUAGUGGUCUAUUAUUAAUGCUGCGUUCUGAUUGGUUGAGCUACUACUAGGCUAUAUGUUAUAGCCCACUACUAGCGAAAAGCGCCGGCGUUUUUGGCGGCAAAAAAGGAUUACAGUCUAGCUUUAAGCAGCUAAAUUUUUUUUAAUCUCGAUUUUUUUGACCAACUAGUUGGAUUUUACUAAAACAAUUAGGUAUUCCUCUCGCCCUCAUGGCCUCAAUAGCCCAUUCGGCCUUCGGCCUCAUGGGCUAUUGACUCAAGGAAUAAUUGUUAAAUAGUUCCUUAUAGUUGCUUUAACCUUUUUAGGCGUGGCACACACUUAAAAUUUCACCAAGCCUUGAAAGCAUCAAAGUCACGUAGAGACGACACCCCGCUCUUUAGCUGCGCACUUACAAGUGUAUCAUUCAAAUGAAAGAAAUACAGGCCAUUCAUCGUUGUACGAACCCAUUUAAUGACCUGUGUUGUAUUAACGCUGGAGCGAGCAGAAAUGUUCUUGGAUAAAGGGCAACGCGUUACUGACCCUUAUCAGCCUGAGUGCUAUAUUCUGCGGUAACGCCGUAUUGGCAAUGUUCUAUUUCUCUGAGGAACUGACUCGGACAGAACAUAGUGGAGUUUUUAUGAAGCCUCUGGAAUCAAUUAAUCCUUCACCAACACUCCUUUUAGAUCAGGAGCAACCCUGAGUAAGAUUAGCCUUUCUCUUGUGACGCUUUCAUUUACAAACUCAAAAUUGUGCCAGUUGUGAAAGAGUGAAACGCUCUUUCAAAACGACCCCGUUGUGUAUAAGACUACAUCAGGUUCAAAGAUAUUCUCUUUUUAACUGCUGGAACGUUCAAGUAAUGUAAACGUUUUGACUGGUCACAAUUCAAAUGUUCGACCGUCGGUCACUCAUUUAACUCUUUAAGCCCCAGUAUCCACAUAUAAAUUCUCCAUACUGAUCUUUAUACAUUCCCUUAAAGAAUUAGUUGAGAGAGUUUGGCAAUAGAUCAAAGCAUUUUCCCUUUAGUGAUCAUUUUAUUAACUCUCAUAACCAUUUCUUUUGGCAACAUGCGGAUAUUGUUGGGAGAAAAUUGAUGUUGGUCAAUAUUGGGACUUCAAGGGUUAAGAUUGAUGUAACAUACAAGUCUCUGUAAUGGAUUGAUUGUGAAACUUGCUUUCACCAUUGCCCUAAAUUGC